AUGUCUCCAAUCACCCUAAUCACCGGGCUGCUGGCCACAGCCAGCCUUGUCAUCCCUGGCACUCUCGCCGCAGAAGCCACGGACAUGGGGGCCGCUGCGUUCUUGUGGCCGCCAGACCGUGCCUGGGGCGCGGCCCAGGACCGCACUGCUCCCUGCGGUUCCUCAGCCGGUGUCACCAACCGAACCGAGUUCCCCCUCACCAACGGCGCCGUCUCCCUAGUCCUCCAAACCGAAUCCUACUCGGUCAAUCUAGCCAUCUCCUAUGAUAACAACCCAACCAGCAACUCCGACUUCAGCACCAUCGUCUCGAGCAGCAACUUCCCCGAUCUCGACCCAGGCCACGAAUGUUACUCCGUGCCCAACCCGCCCUCCACCGUCACCUCCGGCUCCAACGCCACCCUGCAGCUAAAGUACGUCUCCGACUUCGACAACGACGGCAACGAGACCUACUACGCCUGCGCGGAUAUCACCUACGUGCCGCUGUCCUCCUUCGACACCUCGAUCCCCUGCUUCAACGUGUCGGAGGCGACCUCGACUGACUCCUCCUCCACUUCGUCUUCAUCAUCCUCUUCAUCGAGCACAUCUUCUGGAUCGUCGUCGAGCAGCAGCAGCAAGAGUGGAUCCAGCGGCCUCUCUAAGGGCGCCAUUGCAGGAAUCGUCGUCGGAACGGUGGUCGGCGCCGCGCUGGUCGGGGUUGCUGCCUUCGUGCUGGGCCGGUACUGGCAGAAGAAGGCGCAGCGGGAGCAUGCGGUCGCGAUGAAUAUGAUGAACCCCGUGCAGAAGACGUGGUCGGCUUCCACGGCGGGACGGCAGGGGGCGCAG